CCCUGCACGCUACCUCAAGAUUAUUCAGUUUCUUCUUUUAAGAUUUGAAGCAUCAUCAUGCCUGAGCCAGCAAAGCCCGCGCCCAAGAAGGGCUCAAAGAAAGCCGUCACCAAGAGCGCCGCCAAGAGUGGAAAGAAGCGCAGGAGGUCCAGGAAGGAGAGCUACGCCAUCUACGUGUACAAAGUCCUGAAGCAGGUUCAUCCCGACACCGGCAUUUCUUCAAAGGCGAUGGGCAUCAUGAACUCUUUCGUCAACGACAUCUUUGAGCGCAUCGCCGGUGAGUCUUCUCGUCUCGCUCACUACAACAAGCGCUCCACCAUCACCUCGAGAGAGAUCCAGACCGCCGUGCGUCUCCUGCUGCCCGGUGAACUCGCCAAACACGCCGUGUCUGAGGGAACAAAGGCCGUCACCAAAUACACGAGCUCCAAGUAAAGCUGAAAGUACC